UUGCUGUGUUGCUAUGGUGCCGGGUUCUGUUGACAAAGAGUUGCCAUGGACCGUGAGCGGUUGCCGGUGGUGGUGGAGGUGACGGGGCUGCUCCAGGACCCAGCUUUCCAUGUGGCCAAGUGUGCAGCGGAGGCACUGAAGCUGAAGUUUCCAAGCAAUUUUGCAGAUCCUGUAGUACAUCCUUUAUUAGAAUUUGCAUGGAAUGAAUAUUUACAGGAGAAAAAGAAGGAGCUGAGAGGUGAGGUGUGGGCAUAUGCCUCCAGUGUGAUGUGCUUCAUUAAUGGAUGGCUGCUGGGCGAUGAGAAGGAGCUGCUCCAGUGGGCCUACCACAAAUGGGGCUACUGCGAUUUUAAGCCUGAGGCCCUUUACCAAGCAAUCACUGAGGAUUUCUACACCAAACACCUGAAGAGCAGCCAGCACGUGUUUGUGUACUUGGACAUAGCCAUUGAGGAGCAGCCCAUCGGGACACUUCUGUUUGAGCUCUUUUCUGAUGUAUGCCCCAAAACCUGUGAGAAUUUCCGUGCUCUGUGUGAAGGAGGAGUGAUGUCUCCCUGCAGUGGCCAAGAACUCACUUACAAAAAUACCUGUUUUCAUCGGCUGGUAAAACCCGUGUGGAUCCAAGGAGGAGACAUAACUGGGAAAGGAGAUGGAGGAGAGUCAAUUUAUGGUCCCACAUUUGAAGAUGAAAACUUUGCCGUUCCUCACAAGGGAAGAGGAGUCCUUGGGAUGGCUAACAAGGGCCGCCACAGCAACGGCUCCCAGUUCUACAUCACCCUCCAGCCAGUUCCCUACCUGGACAAAAAAUGUGUGGCCUUUGGGUAUGUAUGCACAAGCCUGCAUCUUCUGUGGCACAUAGGAUGCCCUAGCUCUGCAGGACAUGGAGGUCCAUGCAAUUCCUAUGGCAACUGCAACAAGGAUAUCUCUGGCCAGGGAGAUGAUGGAUAAGUCACAUUUGAUGUAUCUACUGACAUCCUUUUUUUCAUUUCUUUGCCCUGGCCUGGCUUGAUCAAGAUGAAAAACCCAAUGGCAUAGCUAAGAGGGCUGCUGGGAUCUCUCAGCGACAAAAGCUGCAAAGAGGUGCCUGCAUAGCUUGGUGUCAGCUGGAGGUGUGUCCUAACGGGCACAGAGCAGAGCCUCCGGUCUCUGCUCAGCUCUCAGUGGCCGAGAUAAAUUGUUUUAGUGAAUGUUUGUCUCAGUAAAUUAAUGUAGGGCUGGCUCUGUUGGGAUUUUUAGCUUUUCAUAAAUGUAAUGAGGAUGAUCAUUGCUCUGUGCAGUUUGCUUCAGAGAGAGAAAUCUGCAGUGCUGCUUGCAUGUCACUGUUACAGAUAGCAUUUUGGAAGGACGUGAAAAGCAUGACUGCCUAAGCUACAGAGAAUAAGCCAGAUGUGGUGGCUGGCUGGAUAGAUUUCCAACCCCUGGUGUUUACCUUGAGUUCCUGCCUUGCCACCAGCUGUGUAAUCUGGAAUGUGCAGGAUCCUUGAGCACAACUGACCUCCGUUACAAGGCUAAUCUCUGCAGGACAAGCUCUUAAUUAACAGAUAGAAAAACUCGAAAACAUUCUCUCUUUUAGCCAUCUCACUUUCAAAACAGAGGAAGAGUUCAGAUAAUUUGUGCUUUUAAUUAUCUAAGGCUUUUUCAAAAGAUCUUGAAAACUGUAAAGACUGCAAAGUGUUGGACUGUUUUCAGGACUCAGGUUGUCACUGCAAAGGGAGGAAAUGAAAGGUAUUUCUCAGGGAAACACUUCCAAUGACUGUCACUUCUGAUAACACAGUUUUUUACUUCUUUCUCCUAAAAAAUAAUGGCCAUUUGUAGCUGGGUGCAAGGCUUGUCUCUUUAAAUAAAUGUAACUGCUGUAA